AUGUUCAGUUCAAACUUCCUUCGCAGCGUUGAGGCCUCACUUUUGCAAACGUUUCGUUGCUGCUUAAAGUCCUGUAAGUGUUCCUCGGAGCCAAUUUGUCUGUAACGCCUCCACAGACGAUUCCUUUUUCUGAAAGAGGUCUUUAAGUCCGGGUUUAUCAAUUUUUGGGCGGUUUGUGAUUGUCUUUCUUCUGUGAGGACAAUUGGAAUAAAUAAUCUCCUUCAGUAAAAAACUGAAAGUAUUCCAGUUGUCGCUUGCUCGACCAUGCAGUUCAGUCUCCCAUGAUACAGCUGCCGCUUCCCUCCUCAUGAGAGAAAAGUCCCCUUUCCAAAUGUUUCUCUCCCACCUAUCGGGUUGAACAGGUUUGGAAAACAGUGAGUACUCGAAGUAGAGCGUGAUGUGGUCGCUGGACCCUAAAGGCGGUCGGUCCUGCAGGUCUAACACAUUUUCCUCCUCUCGGGUAAAAAUAAGAUCAAGGCAGUUUGACUGCUGUCCUUCCCUGACCCGUGUUCCAAAGGUAACAUUAUGGCAGAGAAGUUUUCCGUUGCCCAUUGUAGUAGUUUGUGAUUAAAGCUCUCUUGCGGCCCUUGUGCAGUCCACGUUAGCCAAUCAAUGCCAGGAGAGUUAAAAUCCCCAACGAUAAGGACAUCUUUCUUCCCACUGACUUUGUUAACUUCAGUUACGAGCAUGAGAUCUUGGUCAGGAGUAUGGUUAGGUGAACGGUACACCACCGAAAAAGUCAGUGAUCGGACAUUCUUAGCAGAUAUGGUAACGCUUAGCAGUUCCACAUCCCGUACCAGACUAUUUACAUCAGCCAUAGCGCUCAGCUUGCAAGUGACAUAACUUAUGACUCCUCCACCUCGGCUUAGCCUGUCUCUCCUGAAUUGCUGAUAUCCUCUAAGUGAUAUUUCUGAAUCUGCGAUAUCUUCUGUAAGCUACGUUUCUGUGAAUGCCAUUAUGUCUGGUUUAAUUUCAUCAACUAAGUCCCUUAGUUCGUCUAGUUUGUGGAAGAGGCUUUGCACAUUUGCGGAGAUAGCCUUCAAUGACUGUUUCGCUGGAGAGGCCCGGCCUUCAUUGUGACAGUUUCUGACCACAGUGAAGACCGCUUUGUCUGGACUAUUUUAACAUUUUUAAUCUUCAGCCCUUUCUCUCCUCUGCCAAUUUUCUCUGCAAUUCUGAUCUCAAUUCUCUCAUUUUCAGUCUAUCCUUCUGUUCGUAUUCUGGUUGAAAAAACACUUCCUUGUACGAGUUGCGUAAGGUCGUUCUUCUUUCUAACAGAAGCGCUGCUUGGGCUUCGUUUUCUAAAAUAACUUUAAGGGGUCUUGGGGAUGUUUUUAGGUCAGGAUCUGGGUCCGCUUUACCUAGUCUGAAAGCUUUUUAACGGUGAAUAUUUCCCCAUCCUUCAGGACGGAGCUGGCGUACUGAUAAAGAAGGUCUUGGUCGUGCGUCACUCGUUCGUUCGGAAUGCAGGACGUGGACUCUGGGGCGCCCCUUAUGACAAUAGUUUGCUUACGAUUUACGGGAGAGCUCAUUACUGUCCCGUCCGCGCUAGUACGAUGUAAUUCUGCUGUAGUAUUCGCGACGGAUGUUGGUACUUCGACAUUUGACUGAUUUUAGACCGGUGAAGGGGGUAUAGGGCAUGGAUAUUCAUGUGACGUUUUUGCUCCGGCAGUGGAGCUAUUGCAAUCAUUACGCUAUUGCAAUUUACUGCACGAAGGCUUAUCGUGUCCUUUUCAAUCAACGGAAUGGUUAGGGCACUUCCCAGUUGAGUUAGCCUUGUGAAGAAGUGGAGAAACAGCGUUACCUUCCAAGAAUAACGGCGAGUCCUUGUACUUUCUAACGGAUCUUCUGAGGGUCACCCUGUCUUUCCCAACUUUAGUGUUCGCUGAUUUAGCAGGUUUAGUUACUGUAACAGGUAAUGAAAUCUGACUUAUUUUUUAAUGAAUAAGCGUCGACCGCCACGCUAUCUACCGGAACUGAUUGUGACAUCCCUGAUGUCAAUUUAUAUUCUUGUGUUUCCCCUUGCUACUAACCGUUUGUUAGUAACCAUACUUUAACCAUGCUACCCUGUCUUUGUCUCUGUAUCCCUAUUAGUCGGGUCUCGUCAUUCCUUGUUCAUUGUUCUUUGUCCAUUGUCUAUUGCUCUUUGUUGCCGCUCGCUUAUAAACCGACCAUCACACUUUGGCGUCAUUCGCUGACUGCUCGUCUUGUCACCUCGAAUGUACGUCCACUUUCAAUUUAUCCCCUACCUUAUUAACUCUAUUGUGCUCCGCUAAUCUUACUGUUUAUUUCUAUAGAACCACAAAGAAUAACCGAGUUAUCCUGACUGUCUUCUGACAUAGCUUUGACCUCGGGUGCGUCUAUUCAGGUGAACAAAACAGCACUGAAUCUAAAGAACACUACCAACACUGAUAUGUCUGGAGUUUCCCUUGGAGACAUAACUCGCCUCCUCUUCCUGACUGUAAUCGAGUUUUCCGCGACAAUGACUUUAUAUGUAGGAUGUUCGUCGCCUAUCGAUCGGAAAUUUGGCGGAUUAUUGAAUAAUUAUAUUUGACCGUGUUUCAGAAUAGCCGUAAUGAUGUCCGUCAGUAGACCCUGCUUCUCUUCUAUCGUCUGGACUCGCUUUCCAAGUUUCUCACAGCCGACAUAGCAACCGACAAGCGCAGAAUCCGCCCCGUCUGUCAUACAGCUUUCAAGUCCUCUUGGCAGUGAAUCGGUUCUUAUUUCCUGUCUUGCCUCGUGGAGCCUAUUGUGCUUAAGCCCCCUGGCCUCCAAUGAUUCCAGAGGCAUUUUAUCGUAUUAGACUGCUAAUGAAUUAAAGGCCGUUCUCAGCUGCUCUUCUGUAGUUAACAAACUUAUCUGACCAGCGUCAGAUCUUUCAUCGGUACUGUAGUGGUUAACACUCUGGCCUCCGGAUCCGCAGGUAAGGAGUUCAAAUCCCGGUUUGACAACUUUUGUGAACGCGCUUUUUAUAGCUGACUGGCUCAUUGCUGAUGGUUUUCAAAGUCGUCAAUCAGUUCUAGAGUAGUGCAGGAUGUUUUCAGCAAUUGUUAGAAUAAAGAUUUUGCCAAUUAGGAAGUUAACUAGGAAACGACUCAGCCGAUUAUAGUUUUCGAUGUAGAUCUCGGAGAAAAGUCGUCAAGUAGGGAGCCUUGCACAGAUGGGUGGACGAUUGAAAAUAUCUGUUGAUGGCGAAUUUGUGGUAUACUUCACCGGUGCGAAUGAGAGGACUAAUUAGUGGUUCUGUUCCUUGGAGAAUUCGAGCAGAAUCUUCCUCCGGAUACCGUGGGAAAUAACGUCGAGGUCCGAAAAUUCUAAGAAUGGUAGAACUUUGGAGUUUGUGUACUCAAAAUCCAAAUCCAAAGGAUGCGUUGUCAGUUCGCAGUUUAUUUCCACGCGAAGGUCAGUCUGCCCUAUACUACCAAAUAAAAUCAGCGAAAACUCGGAGAGCUGGGGAUUCCACUCAAAUUCGAAGGACGCGCGUAGGGUGUUAGUUGAGUAGCUGCCUUCGUCCCUAGUAUUACUGGCUGGUUCCACCGAAACUGCAUGUUUUUCCGGACUACGUUCCCUUUAAAGAUAGCCAGAUUGUGUUCGUCAUCACUCAGUUUCGAUUUUAAUUCCAAGACUAGUUCCCAGCGUUUCAGCCGCUCCGCUGGUGAGUAGUCCGGUUGAAAAAAACUGUUUGCGCGUAUUUCUGAGGUGGGACUGUAUUCCAACACUUGGGAAAAAUUCCAGCACUGAAAGACUUCUGGUGAAAAACAAACAAUAGCUUUGCCAGCUGUCGGGCAACUUCAAAGGUCAGUUUCGAAAUCUUUUUCGGACCAGGAAUUUGCAUUUCGUUAAGUUUUAAAUCAUUUAAAAUCAACUCUUCUCGGAACGGAAUAUGCUUGCGAAUUGAUACUACCAUGUUUUCGUAACUAGGCUGAAUGAAAUCUGUCUCCCUUGUGGGGACGGAUCAAAAGGAUCGAGAAGGAUUUUCAGCUUUGAUUCUACUAUACAAUAUCUUGAGGCGGUCCUCAUGUCUCAAAACAGGGAUGGAAUUCCUAGUACGUCCUUUUUUGCUAGUAUCUGUAAGACAGUUUGGGUUUUUUAAUGACUCGGUAAAUCGGUGUACCUUCUCGACUUUGUCGUCUGCCGAAAACUGACUUUUAAAACUUGUUUAAUUGGACUCUGCAUUCUUUAAAGUCUGUGCCAACGUUGUUUUUGCAAAACUUCUUCAGAAGCCUUACUUUCUCAUUGGCCUCCAUUUUCAGGUCCCUUGUUAGCCAAUGAGGUCAUUCAGGUUUUCUGAGAGCUGAUAAGGGGAUGUAGCUUUUUCUGAUAGGCAAUAAGAGCUCCCUGAAUAACUCCCAGUCCUCGGUAACGUUUCGGAAGAGAAAGCAUCCUAGUCUAUCCGAAAUGUCUGAGCCCUCGCUUUGAAAAUGUCUUCUUGUAAUAUCUUUUGCCUUAUUUUCUUUAUUUCAUAGUGCACAGUGUAUAGGCAGUACUUCAUAGAAGUACUGCAUAUUCACUUCGACCAAGGGGAGGUAGGCAUUAUAACUGAUGUAUAUUGUCAGUAUCUUUUGUGGAGACGAGAUCCAAGCAGCCAGCAUGUUGCCCUCUACGCCCUCAUGGUUAACCUAGAAAAUGCUUUGUGAGGAAUGUCUCAAGUGUUGUCUUUAGGAGACAUCGAUCGAAGCCACACUUCGAGUAGUUCGUCCGCCUAUUUUUCCACCGAAGGCCGUGUAUAUUGAAGUCACUCAUGGAACAACAUGAGGUCGACUAGCGAUGUUCUUUAUGUUUUCCAGCAGGCAAGUUUCUGCGUCAGGAUUCAUCCUCGGUGAUAGGUUGAUAGCCACGGCUUCAAGUACAAUGACCUCCGUGUCUUUAUCGUUAGCCAAAUAGACUCCGUAUUGUCAGUAAUCUUCUCGGUCAUCUCACAUGCAGUUAUUUGCUCCUUAACUACUUGGCAACUCUUCCACCUUGGCAUUUCUUUCUUCCUCACUUAGCUAGUUUGUAUCCUGAUAGUGCCAUUUCUCAAUCACCGAUGCCCUGCGACAGCCGCAUUGUUUUUGGAGAUAUAUCGCCUAUAUGUAUUUUCAGUCUGCUGAUCUGCGAAACAGACACCGGACAUUGACUAACAGGAACUCUAGCUUAAAUAAUUUGCAGCGUUUUGUUCAAUUAGUCUACAGCUUGCCAUUACUACGUUGCCGCUACUAAUAUUAGCGUUGGUUGGUGCCACGACAACACCGUGUUUCUCUGUAUUGUCCGUCACCUGAAAAAAACUAAGCUACCAUCCCCAUAUGCAAGUAUCCUUUCCAAUUCAACCACUGAUUUCCGGCGUUUCACUCGCUGCGCUGGAGUGUAGUCCGGCUGAAAAAUCUCCUUAUGAGAGUUUCAUAGGCUGGAUUUUCUAGACAGAUGCAAGUUAAUAAAAACAAUCUAAAUAGAACAUGAUUCCGAGUUUCCGAUAGUUGGGUAACCCCUUUUUAAGAUCCUCAAAACAACACAAACUGUCACUUUCUCAUUUCAGAUAAGCAUAAUGUUCAGCAUAUGUUAAAACACGUUAACGUCAGUGGAAAUGCAAUCUUCCGAGACACGAGCACUCGACUCCACGAAGCCCUGAGAAAAUUCAGAGUUCAAACGAUUAAAAUGAUAGCUUGUUUUACUUCCGGCCAUGUUGUCGACUGGAUACCUCGAGAUAUCAACGAGGAUUGAUGCUGACUUCACGCUCGUUUUAUAGUGUUCCCCAUACGCCUAACCACGAAUGCCUAUCUCCGAUUUCAUCUGACUACUCUAUAGAACAACAAAGAUAGUUAAGGGAACUCAACGACAAUGAUAGACCGGAUAACCUAGUAACAUCAUCUUUCCGUACAAGAGAAAUCUGGUCGUUUUCAUUUGCGGGUGAUGGGAAAUUAGAAUCAAUGACAUUAUGAGCUACGACAGAUAAUACUUUUGUCCUCGUCUCGGUCUUGCUCACAAACCCGGUCAGCCCUUAUUAGAAACAACGUUUCCGUUGUCCUGCCACUAUCGAUACCUACUUCUACACUUAAAGGGUCACCACCCGUACACUAAGAUGUUCAUGAAACUAUAUCUCUUUGAACUUUUUGUGUUUUACGAUUUGCAUUCUUAACUCUAACUCCAUUAACAUCUAUUUGCCCAUCCUUCUUCUGUUCUAAGAGCGCCUUUAAAUAUGUCACUUUCUUUUUGAGUUUUUAAGUUGAAACAGGAUGUCCCCGGCUGCAGGUCUAA